CUCGUAGCGCCACCGUACUUCUCUUUCUGUCUGUGUGUUGUUUUUUUUAGCGUGUAGCCUUUAGCUUUGAGCUUGAUUGUUUAUUAUUUUCUUCUUUAUCCUUCGCUUCAAAUAUGUCAGACAAGGGUGAAGUGGAUCUUACUGGUGCCAAACAGAACACGGGCGUAUGGCUGGUCAAGGUCCCCAAGUAUCUCUCCCAGCAGUGGGCCAAGGCCGCAGGCAGGGGAGAGGUGGGGAAGCUACGGAUCAGCAAAAACCAAGGCAAAGCAGAGGUGGCCUUCACACUGAACGAGGACCUGACGGCCAUCGAUGGCAGCGGUGAUAAGAGAGUGCACGCUCCCCGGGACCACCCCUUCAGCAUGCAGACCGUGGGAGGCCAGAUGCUAGCGGUCUUCACCGAGACCCCCUCAGAACAUUCGAAAGGCCAAUCAGAAGAGAGGGCUGAGGGUAGCAGCUCUGGGGGGACAUGUCCAGACAAGGUGGCGUUGGAGGGGGUCGUGGUGCAGAGGGCCGAGUGUCGUCCAGCCGUUAACGACAGCUACAUGAAACUCAAACGGAUGCAGCUUGAGGAGUCUAUCAAGCCGUUGCGAUUGUCUCAGCAGUUGGACAAGCCUGUGACCAGCAACUACAAGCCAGUGGCAAACCACGCCUCCAACUUGGAGUAUGACAGGAAGAAGAAGGAAGAAGGGAAAAGGGCGAGGGUCGACAAGCAGCAGGUCCUGGACAUGCUGUUUUCGGCGUUUGAGAAGCACCAGUAUUACAACAUCAAAGAUCUGGUGGACAUCACCAAGCAGCCGGUGACGUACUUGAAGGAGAUCCUGCGGGACAUCGGGAACUACAACGUGAAGGGAACCCACAAGAACACCUGGGAGCUGAGGCCGGAGUACAGACAUUACCAGGCGGAGGAGGAGAAGGUAGAGGAGAGGCUCUAGCCGCAAAGGGUUAGAGAUGGACCAAUAGUUUCCCAGUCUCGAGACAGAAGGAUGAGGCCCUCGGUACUGAACUCCUUCCAGCAUCUCGUCUGAAGAUUACACUGGUUCCUCCCACACGCUCAUGUUUUUAGAAAGUGGUUUAUAUGUAUUUUCUGUGUUGAGUGGACCUAACCGAGUGGUGACCUGGUCCCCGCGAAUCAGAACUGCUGGAUGGGGUUUUACACAUGUGCUUUCAACGAACCCAGUUGUCUGACUGGGUAGCCCACUCGGUGCAUUGUUUGUAAUGUUGCCAAGUGUUAUUUAGGUCCACUCGUGUCUGGGCUGCGUCCCAUUUUAAACUUGAAUCAUUUAUUAACAUUAAUUUUCCUCUUAAUGUACAGUAACCCUUGUUUCACAUAUUAAAGUAACUGCUCAAGAUAUUAUCCAGGCUUAAUUUCUGCUCAAUGGAAAAUGGGUUUUUGAAUAAAGCAAUAUUAAUGUGCAUGUUAAUAUUAACAGUCAAAAAAUUAGUUAACCUGGCAAGUGUAUGGGGCUGCCGUUUAGAUCUCAUAAGGAACGGAAUGCAUGUAAUGUUUGACUCAGUUGGCUGACCAAUGAGGGCCUUAGUCUUAACUCAAGACUUUAUAUAAUUGAACUGCGGACAUGACCUUAAAAAAUGACAGGGAAACGAUAUAUAUUUAACAUUUUAUUAACAUUUAAAAUUAAGUACAGUGCAUAAUUUAGAGACAAUACAUUAAGAUUUAAAAAGAACUGCAAUGCAGCCACUAGUUCAUUUGAAAUACAAAUGGGGUCAAUAGGGCAACUUGUCAUGCUAUGAAUCCAGUCUGGAUGUUGGUGUACAAUAUGCAUCAGACAUAUUAAAAAAUAUCAUGCAAAAACAUCUCAGCUCUUUACAGAAUAAAUAAACGGUUUUGUAAUGCAGCCAUACCUCCAUGGUUACCUACAAGAAAAAAAAAACAGCAUAGAGUUAGACAUCUCUUCUGAACCAUUGAAAAACGACCCAGGUGUUUAUUUCUGUAGCAUAAAGCAACCAAUGUAUGGUAUUUGUACUUGAUGUGACGAUUAUUAAUUAUCAAAAUUAACAUUUUCAGUCUAGCUGACUACCCGUUGCAACCAACCAUCUUUUGUCAACAGUAUUUGUGAGGUGAAUCUGACAUUUACAGUAUGUGGGGAGGUGAAUCUAAUAUGUACAGUAUGUGUAAGGAGGUGAAGUGUUCUCCACUUAUCCUCCUUAACCACCGAGGGGGAGGUGGGAAAGGAGGCGUAAGAAGGAGGUGAAUGUAGCAUCUCUUUGCAAACCCAGGAGCCAAUGAGUCAUGCUCCGGGUCUAUCAGGGGAUGCAAGGUUUCCAUGACAUCAGCCGUGCGCUCCACUCACCUGAGAACUGGCGCGGUAAUCUCUAGUUCACCUCCUCGGCUUCCUGUAAUUAAAUUACAUUUUCUUCCAUUAAUUUCAUUUUUAAUCCAGGAUAGAUUACCUCUUCAACACUUGUGGUCAAGUCGCAUUCAGAACUUUCUGUUUCAAGUCAAACCGAAUUAUAAAAAUGUAGGCUCUUUGGUCAUGCUUAUGGGCCGUCACUGGUUGAGGAUAACGACGUCAGUUUGGAGUCAGUUGUAUUUGAUGUUUAUUUACGUACAACCAAGAAUUAUACCAAUUAAUUUGGUAUAUUAGCAGUAAUAGUCGCAAGAAGGUAUAAAGACAACCCGUGAUUCAUUGUAAACUCGGAAAAUAAUGAAUGAAAAAAAAUGUACUUUGCGGGGACAACGGGUUUAGUUAAAUGAAAUACAUAUCGUAGGUUUGAUUAGAGAUCCUCAGUCACCCCACAGAUUCAAAAACCAAACCAACGCUUAACCCAACGCUUAACUUCAACAAUAUAACGUAAAAAUAAUACAGUAGAAUUGUUAACAAGUAGAGUAUUCUUCCUGAUAACAGGCUUGUACAAUUCAUUUUAACACAUUUAAGAGUCGAUGGCUUUUGAUGUUAAACUCACAUGAUUCAUCACCUAACGCCGGACCGAGUAGAAAUAACGGGAGGCUAAAAUCUUCCUCUUAUACCUCUUUUUCUUCUUCUUCUUCUGCUUAAUGUUACAGCGUUGGCUACCGCCACCUUUUGGUCAGGGUAGGAAUUUAAUCACCCCCACACCCCAUCUCAAACUCUUAACAAUGCACUUUAUAUUCCCUUGUAAAUUAUGGAUUAUAAGAUAUAUUUUGCUACAUUUUUUUAAUAUGUUUAUUUUCGAUUUAUUUUUCUUUAUUUUUUAUAAGGAAGUGAGCGACUACGUCAAUUUUGUCUUUGGACUCCCGGCGGCACGAUUGGCGCCGUGGCUACAACUCAAUAUUAUUUGUGUUUGUUUAAUCAGAAUCAGAAUCAGAAAUACUUUAUUGAUCCCCGGGGGGAAGUUGUUGAA